AAGGACGGCAAGCGGGAGUCUCGCCAUUUCAGACGUGGGCCCACCUGCUCCGAGCUGGCUUCGAGCAGAAGUGGGAGUAGCCGGCCACCGCCCAUGCUGGAGGCUAGAGUCUGUGGUAUCGGCUUGGCUCGGCUCGCCUCGCUGUUGCGGUUGUUGGCACUGACGGAGACUACGGCGCAGCUAGAAAGAUGGAUCAUUUUGAAGCAAAUCCAGGACACUGAACUUCUGCUCAGACGAGGAAUUUUCUCAGCAAGGCAAUUUACUUGUGUAGAAGGGUGUGUCUCAAGGAUGGAACAAUGGUCGAGCUGUGCGGUUUCAGCAGGUACAAGAUCUCCCCCGGACAUGGGAGGCGCUACGCCAGGACCGACGGGAAGGUUUUUCAGUUUCUUAAUGCAAAAUGCGAGUCGGCGUUCCUUUCCAAGAGGAAUCCUCAGCAGAUGAACUGGACUGUCCUCUACAGAAGAAAGCACAAAAAGGGACAGUCGGAAGAAAUUCAAAAGAAAAGAACGCGCCGAGCAGUCAAAUUCCAGAGGGCCAUUACUGGUGCAUCUCUUGCUGAUAUAAUGGCCAAGAGGAAUCAGAAACCUGAAGUUAGAAAGGCUCAACGAGAACAAGCUAUCAGGGCUGCCAAGGAAGCAAAAAAGGCUGAACAAGCAUCUAAAAAGACUGCAAUGGCUGCUGCCAAGGCACCUAAGCAAAAGACUGUGAAGCCUGUGGAAGUUUCAGCUCCCCGAGUUGGUGGAAAACGCUAAGCUGGCAGAUUAGAUUUUAAAAUAAAGAUUG